CAGCGCAGAGUGUCCGCCUCGACAGCAGCCGGCACGGCCAGCCACCAGUCGCCGACAUGAAACUUCUGGCUGUGUUCACCGUAUUGGCCGCUGCCACGGCGGCCCACGCCCUAUACCCGCCCACCACCUACCCCUACCCCUACCCUAAACCAUACCCCUACUACCCAAAGCCGUACCCCCAGUACUACCCCAAGCCGUACCCGUACUACCCUAAGCCGUACCCGUACACUCCGGCCACAUCGUACGCCUAUUCUCAUGGCUCUACGCACGGUCAUUCGUACGGAUAUUCGUACGGCACCACUCAUAUUCCCCACUCCUACUCCCACUCGUACUCGUACCCGAGCAGCUACUAUCAGGGCUACAAGUACCCGUACGGCUACAAACAGCACUACGGCUACAACUACCCGUAUGAGUACCAGACCCAUCACUACAGCUACCAGCCGGUGAAGACGAUCGUAAAGCACCGGCCUGUGCCCGUGCCGGUACCCGUACCGCAGAAGGUGUACAACCCGGUGCCGGUGUACCGCGAGGUGUACAGCACGGCCGUGAACCGGGUGCCGGUGCCGGUGCGUGUGCCGCGCCCGGUGCGCGUGCCCGUGCCCGUGGACAUCCCGCGGCCGGUGCCGGUGCCGGUGCCGGUCAAUGUGCCGCGGCCGAUCCCCGUGCAGAACCACCACUUCCUGCUGCGCAAGGUGGGCGUGCCCGUGAGCGCCGUGGGCGGCGGCUACCCGGUGGCGCCCGUGGCAGCCGCUGCCGGAGGCUACGUCGGCUAGGAAGGUUGCUAGAUGGCCAGCUGCACUGCUGUGACAGCUGGGCAGCUGCCCAGUUCAGCUGCUGUGACAGCUGGGCAGCUGCCGUGUCGGCCGAUCGAAUACAUGGCAAGAGACCAAAGUCUGAAGUUAUCGUGAGCUUGUGUGCGUGUGUGGAUGCUCGCCCUGUAAGCGACAGAGAGUUGAGUCCUGGAUUAAUGAAGUUUGUCCUGCGUCGAUCGCCUUUGAGAGAGGGCAUGUUCUUUGAAGUUAAUGCGUUGAUUCGCAUUCUCUUUGUGUUGUUUGUUUCACUUUACGUGUUGCAAGUUAAGACAGCUGUGCUGGCUUACUUGUCGUUUUACUGUAUCGAUGCUGAGCACUUAUCUACGCCAUUUUAUUUUCUGUGUUUUUCUGUGUCCUCGUCUGCUUGUGAUGUGUCCAGAGCGCAUGUGAAUGGUACACCAUAUGAUAUCGAAUACACCGCAAGCCGAAUGAAAA